AUGUUUUCCGGCUAUUGUGCCGACGAUAAAUGGAAGAAAACCCAAAAAUCUUCUUUCCGUAAACCUGUCCUUUCCCCUCCGCUGUUUCCUGGUGUCUGGGUGUUCAACAAUGGCCGCCUCUUCGGCUCUCAGACUGAUCCUCGGCUCCUCGUCGGCUUCGCGUCGUCUGAUUCUUUCCGAGAUGGGAUACCAGUUCACACUACUUAGCGCGGACAUUGACGAGAAGGAGAUCAGAAUGGAGAAGCCAGAGGAACUGGUGGUCGCCUUGGCUCACGCGAAAGCAGAUGCAAUAUUGGAGAAGAUGGCAAAGAAUGGGAUGAUGCAAGAGAUUGCUGACUCUCAAGAGACUACCUUGCUGAUCACUGCUGAUCAAGUUGUGGUCCAUGAUGGAGUUAUCCGUGAAAAACCAACCACUCCAGAAGAGGCACGUAAAUUCAUCCAAGGAUACUCCCAAAGCCAUGCUGCAACAAUUGGAUCUGUGCUUGUUACAGAUGUGAAGAAUGGUAGUAGAAGGGGAGGAUGGGAUAAAUCUGAAGUUUAUUUCCACAAGAUACCUGACGAAGUUAUUGAUAGCCUGAUUGAAGAGGGCAGUGUCUUCUACGUAGCUGGUGGCCUUCUAGUGGAGCAUCCGCUGACUUCGCCCCUCGUGGAAUCCAUUGUCGGUACAAUGGAUAGUGUAAUGGGGCUUCCUAAAGAACUCACGGAGAAGCUCAUCAAGGCUUCACUUCAGGAGUCCUAGCUGCAAAUUUCCGGACUAAGCUGGAUGGUGCCUGGUGACCCGAAAAAAAAUCUCAUAUCAGGACGGAGGGGGUGUAGCUAGCAGCAUCUUUGGAGUCUUGUUCUGCUACCAAACUCCCAGUUAGUGCUUGUUCAGUUAAUCACCACAUCAAGUGGUUUGGAGAUUAUUGGAGUGUGUUGAGGGAACUUUUGACUUACAAGGAAUUUAUGGUGUUCACCAUUCUGUUCUGUGACCAUGGUCUGUCAUGCAUAAUGUGACUCACCAUUCUGUUGUUUUGAACUGCCACCCCAUCAUACUGUUCAUAUUGAAAUUUCUCAAUGAACAAAUGGUAGCAUGAUGUUA